GCGGACAUUGUCCGUGUGGUCGGGAGGGAACCGGGGUGGCGUGGCGCGGCGCGGGGGGCACCUGCCGCCCGGGUGGGGCGGCUCCUGCCCCUCGUGAAAGGCGCGAGCACACGCCGUACCUGCCCAGGGCAGCGCCGUCGUUGCUGCCACCUCAGUGUUUUUGCAGCGGUGCCCCGCCAGGAUCUGCGUUUGCUAUCCUCGCCCCUCUUCGCGGGGCUGUCGCCGGCGACAUCUGCUAGCAGUGAGUAGGUGACAGAAGUCAGCGGACUGGUUUUAUGGACCGGGCGAGACUUGGGUUGAAAAGUCUCGGAGCAGAAAGGAGCCCACAGCAGGGUAUCGGACGCUUAAGAAGUGUACCCGGACUUGGCUGAAAUCCGAACAACCGAUGUGAAAACGAUGGGUGUCGGCGUCUGGAAAUGAAACGCUCCGUCCGGCUUUCCCUGAAACGUUGUCUCGACGUGCCGAAGCCCUGGUGGUACGAAGUGAUAGGGAGGUGCUGGCAAGUAUGGACAAGGGAUAAGAAGUGAAACUGCAGAGGGUAGUCAUGGUAAACUGUGGCAUGGGGGAAAAGUAAGGGUUUUUAAAAAAAACAAACAAAAACAGAACAGGCCUACUAGAGACAAACAAACUUUGUAAACCCUAAUGCCCGUUUUUGAGACUUGCACAUGGUUGUGGGAAUAGCCAAGAAAGAAAUCUGGUUCUGUCACAUCUCCAUCUAUAAUAAUCUUGGUGACUAAAAAAAAAAAAAGCCAUUGAUUUCUUUCUCCAUCUUGGUAUUAUUUUCAGAUUCUUUCCCCGUCUGCUUGUUUGGGAAUAGGAAAGCAGCAGGUGUUGAUAUAACAAUUAGAGCCUUUGCGCAUAACAGCUGCUCUAAAGUUUGUUUUCUGUUUUCUGGUCAUCUAUAAAAUCAUUCAUUGCCUUGUCUUUUGUGUUUUGUUAAUGACUGUGAAAGGGCAGGCUUGUAGUACGCUGGUUAGACUACCACUGGGAUCCAGUUCUAAUCCCCAACUCGCAGUAUGAUCUUGGAAAAUCUCUGGGCCAUCUUGCAUCUAAGUGCCGCUACAGUGAAAAGAAGGAUUUGACUCUCUUUACCAAAAGAUAUGGAUGAGAAAACAGAUGAAGAACAACCUUUGACUGCAUGUAACCAGUACCCGAAAGAGGCAGUAAGGAAACGCCAGAAUUCUAGUAGAAGCUCCAGAGGUAGCGACUCCUCUAGGACGUCCAGGAAAAGCUUCAGGCUGGAUUACAGGCUAGAAGAAGAUGUAACUAAAUCAAAGAGAGGCAAAGAUGGGAAGUUUGUCAACCCAUGGCCAACAUGGAAAGCACCAUCGCUGCCAAAUAUUUUGAAGUGGGCCCUCAUGGAAAAAAAUAACAGCAAUAUCCCAUGUUCCAAACCGGAACUUGAUAAAGAGCUUCCAGUAUUAAAACCUUACUUCAUUCAAAACCCUGAACAAGUUGGGAAGACUGGAACAGGCAUGCGAGUCACAUGGUUGGGACAUGCGUCAGUUAUGGUGGAGAUGGAUGAACUUGUGUUUCUUACCGACCCAAUCUUCAGCCAGCGGGCUUCCCCGACGCAGUUUGUGGGUCCAAAGCGUUUCCGAGGACCUCCAUGUACAGUAGAUCAACUACCCAAAAUAGACGCAGUGAUGAUCAGCCAUACCCACUAUGACCAUUUGGACUACAAUACUGUAGUGAGUUUAAAUGAGCGCUUUGGCAGUGAACUGCGAUGGUUUGUGCCCCUUGGUCUUUUAGACUGGAUGCAGAAAUGUGGCUGUGAGAAUGUGAUUGAGCUGGACUGGUGGGAAGAGAACUGUGUCCCUGGUCAUGAUGCAGUUACCUUUGUUUUCACCCCUUCGCAACACUGGUGCAAGAGGACAGCAACAGAUGACAACAAGACUCUUUGGGGCAGCUGGUCUGUCUUGGGGCCCUGGAAUAGGUUUUUCUUUGCAGGAGAUACUGGUUACUGUGUAGCUUUUGAACAGAUAGGGAAACGGUUUGGACCCUUUGAUCUUGCUGCCAUUCCCAUUGGAGCCUAUGAGCCAAGGUGGUUUAUGAAAUAUCAGCAUGUGGAUCCUGAAGAAGCAGUAAGGAUUCAUAUUGAUGUUCAAGCAAAGAAGUCUAUAGCGAUUCAUUGGGGAACAUUUGCUUUAGCAAAUGAGUAUUAUUUGGAUCCUCCAGCUAAACUGAGCGAAGCCCUUGAAAGGUAUGGCUUGAAAACAGAAGAUUUCUUUGUCUUGAACCAUGGAGAGUCACGAGACUUGAAUACAAAUGAUGAUGGAUUUGAAUAAUAAAAAACUGGCAAUUCCUUGUGAGCCUUGCUUGAUUUGAACUAGGAACUCAAUUUAAAAGACUGAUGGGUUGCAAAGUGUUUGUGUUUUGUUUUGGAUUCUUUUUUUGGGGGGGGGGGGCGGUGUUUUUAAUUUGGACUGAAUUUUUAGAUUCCUGGUUUGUGUUGAUUUCACAGGUAAAACCUUGCAUACCAGCUUGAUUUAUAUGAUUGCUAGUUAAUUGUUUAUGAACUGAAUGGAACACUAAUGAGUGAUUUCAACACUAAUUAAUAUAAAAGGUAGUUCUUGAAAUGCCUUGUAAUUUCAGCUCCUAGGAAAUCACAGUUGCAGUGAUGAAUACAUUGAUUCUAUUUUAAUCCUUUCAUUAUCAGCUUAUAUAUACCAGCAAUAACAACCUCAGUACAGGACAUUUUCUUUGGAAGUUAUGACUGACUUGAGUUAAUGAUCUCCAGAGAACUGGUCUUCUCCUAUUCAGUCAUUAAUCUUCAGGACGUGCUGUGAGCUUCAUUGCUUAAAUACAUGGGUGUUAAGGGGUGGUGUCUUCCAACACAACUGUGUUGCUAAAGCACAUAUAAAGCAAAACGCUGAUUUACAGAAUGCCUGUAUGUAUUUAUUGUGAACCAAUGAAAAUUUGAGUUUCAAACUGAUAUAAAGAAAUGUGCCUUCGUAAAGAGAGAGAUUACUUUAAGUUUGCAUCAUUAAUGCAUACAGCUAUAACUGCUGGCCAGAAUAUCUGUACACUUUUAUUGUUUUGUCAAUAUUUUUAAGAUCUUAUCAUGGGCUUAAAUACUUCUGUUGUUCUGAGACUUUUGCUUGUAAAAUACAGUACAUAAAACUGUAAAAACCCUUACAUUUUGCUCCCUGUAAAUGUCUUGAUUCAUACUUUUCUUUGCAUAUUUUUAAGAGGUGUGAGCUCUUAAGCACAGAGGUUUAGAAACUUUUUUUUUUUUUUUUUUGGAAGCCUGAUGUUGGAUUACAAAAUUGUUCAUUAUUAUACAACCUGGCUAACCCUGCCCGUUUCAAAUUGCCAUGCUAAUUUCCAAAAUAAAGCCUGUUGUUGCCAAAUAAGUUGUUGUUUCCCUGUCACAAUUCACUAUGAAGAAUCUUUUAACUUGGACAACUUUAUUCUCAUUUAACUGAAGAAUAAGUCAGACUACUGGGCAUAGACUUUACACUUUUGGAGUAUAUCACACUUCAAAUGCACAUACCUUGAAGAUAGUUAUGUUAUAGCUUUUAGAUAAAUAUCUUCUUGUCUGUAAUUUGUAGCCACAGCCUUUGACAGUGCAUUAAACCAGUUGGA